AUGAAGAAACGUUGGGUCGAAUACUACACCGAACUUCCCCGCCUGCACGCUCUGCAAAUUGAUCGAUUCGUCAUACUCCUAAAUGCUACUUCUGUGGAGCUGCACUUCUUCUCGGACGCCUCUUUAGCUGCAUAUGGAUCGUGUGCCUACAUCAGAUCGUCGAAUGGGUCAGGUGAAGUCAAGGUCGCUCUAUUAAUGUCUCGCUCGAAGGUGUCUCCACUCAAACAGCAAAGCACUCCACGCCUAGAGCUUUGUGGCGCACUUCUGUCUGCUGAGCUCUACCAGAAGGUUUCCGAAGCGCUGCGAAUCACAUCCAAGGGGUAUUUCUGGGUAGAUUCAACCACCGUUUUGAGCUGGCUCAAGGCUACACCAUUCACCUGGUCCACGUAA